AUGGCCGCAUCUCAUCUCGAUGGCUCGGAACCGCCUCCAAAGCCUUCAAGCUUUCAUGUCGAAGAACCGGGAAUGACGACCGACACAGGGAAGAUUCACAAUGGCGACACAGCAUUAGCCUUGUUUGAUAACCUGGACGAUAUGCAUGAAACAUUCGAGCCUGAAGAGGAACGAAAACUCGUGUGGAAGAUUGACCUCAUGAUUUUACCGUUCUUGUCUGUUUGCUACGCAUUUUAUUAUAUUGACAAAACGACGCUCUCUUACGCUGCUAUCUUCGGUAUUGAAACUGAUUUGGGCCUUUCCGGCAAUGAAUAUUCAUGGCUUUCGAGCAUUUUUUAUUUUGGCUUCCUGUUCUGGUCAUUUCCAACAAACCUGCUAAUGCAAAGAUUCCCGAUCGGAAAAUACUUGGGAGUCAACAUCUUUCUCUGGGGCUUUUUCCUUAUGCUUCAAGCUGCCGCAAAGAACUUUACACAGCUUGCCGUACUACGCGUCAUAUCAGGUGCCGCUGAGGCUUGCAGUGAUCCUGCUUUCAUGUUAAUUACGAGUAUGUGGUAUACCCGAAGAGAACAGCCCAUUCGGAUUGGUUUAUGGUACACUGCGAAUGGUUUCGGCAUAGCUAUAGGCGGUCUCCUUGGCUACGGGAUUGGGCAAAUUAAGGGUGCUCUCCCGUCAUGGAAAUACGAAUUUUUGAUAAUCGGCGCUCUCUGUGCUACUUGGGGCAUUGUGAUGAUCAUCUUCCUACCUGACUCUCCGGUCACUGCUCCUCAAUUGUCAAAUCGCGAAAAGAGACUGGCAGUGGAGCGACUGCGCGAUAAUCAGACAGGUAUUGAAAACAAGAAUCUCAAGCCCCACCAAAUUCUUGAAGCAGUUCUGGACUGGAAGGUGUGGAUAUUUUUCUUGUUAGGUUUCUCUGGCAACAUUCCCAAUGGUGGUAUUUCGAAUUUCGGUACCCUCAUCAUACACGGGUUUGGAUUCUCAACAUUGGUCACCUCUUUGAUGCAAAUUCCAUAUGGCGCGUUUAUCUCCUUUAUGAUCCUUCUCGCUGUCUUUGUCAAUGAUCGCCUGCCUCGAAACAAUCGAUGUAUUGUCGCUGUUGUCUUUGUGCUCCCGACCCUGGCCGGUUCAUUUGGCCUGCACUACGUACCACAAUCAAACCAAGUGGGCCGAUUGAUUUGUUAUUACCUGACAGGGUCCUACAAUGCCUCAUUUGUGAUCAUUCUUUCUAUUCUGACUGGUAAUAUUGCGGGUCAUACUAAAAAAGUGAUCACCAAUGCAAUGAUUUUCCUCGGAGUAUGUGCGGGAAAUAUUGCUGGCCCAUUUUUCUACAAGUCUGAGCAGGCUCCCGGAUAUUCACUUGGAAUAUGGUCAAUGAUCGUGGCAAAUUUCGUGGAAAUUGCCCUAAUCGUGGUACUGGGAUUUGCACUUGCAUGGGAAAAUCGGCGGCGCGACCAGGCGCAAGGUGUUGUUCCAGGCGGCGAUUCGGACUAUACGAGACAACUGGAACUUGAUCGAUCUGCAUUCAGCGAUCUUACGGACAAGGAGAAUGUUAACUUCAGAUAUUUGUACUGA